AUGACACCAGGCAAAGCCGUUAGAGCCUCCGCUUCUUUCUCUGAAGCCACAAAGAUCGAGCAGCUGAGCUCUCACGCAUACCAAGUCAACCUGAGCAAAGCCUUCUGUGUUGGUGCAGUCCCCAAUGGCGGUUACACGUCUGCAUGUAUGCUCGCAGCAGCGAAGAUUCAUCUUGGCUUGCGUGGCCAGCCCGAUGCCCUGACUGCACAUUUCGAGUUUCCAAACCGAGCGUCAACUGGGCCUGCCAUUCUCAUAAUCGAGGAUGUCAAGCUUGGUCAGCAAAUCUCCACCCUCCAACUAACUCUCUGGCAGGGUGGACUCCUCUCUCAAGCGCCAUGGAUCGACCAUUUCGUUUCACGACGGCGGGUGCUUGCCUACACCACUCAUACAAAUCUGCGCUCAUUCUCUGGCAUGUCAAUGCCCACAGGCUAUGAAGUAACGCCAGCUGCUAAACUCCCAUCCGUAUCUGAUUUCGAGGCUCUGAAGACCAAUGGCGCCGACAAAGUUUGGGAAAAGUCGAAACUUCCGAAAGCAUACGCGACUAUGAUGCCAUCGCUGGCCCACUGGCAUUUUUAUGUUCCUCGUAACGAACCGUUGAGCCCCGGAGUGCUGGAUAUGUGGAUCCGGCUGGCUAGCAGUGAACGCAUCACACAGAGCACACUAGCAUACGUGGUAGAUUCAUUCCCGCACAAUAUGCACAAUUUCUUGGCGGCCCCGGCACUGCGUGAGCUUCUGAAUGCGCCUCCUGACCGGUCAGGUGAUUCCGAUGUGAAGGAGAUCCGAGAAAAAGAUCAGCAGCGAGCUGAGAUGUGGUUUCCGACUGUGGUAAUGAAUAUGGAGGUGAAGACCGCUCUUCCGGACGAUGGAAUUGAGUGGUUGGCUGUUCGAGUGUUGUCGAAGCAAAUCAAAGAUGGAAAGUUCGAUCUCGAAGUCCUUGUGCGAGAUCCUGAUGGGGCAAUUAUUGCAUUGAGUCACCAUGUGGGGAUGAUUCUUAACAUUGUGCAGAGCACUGGGAAGAAGGGACUGUCUAAAGCUUCCUUGUAG